UUGAAAAUUGCUAACUAAAGUGGUUUUUUAACUUUUAUAUUAUAUAGUAACUCUAUGUUUAGCUAAAUGUAUAAAUAAAUAUAAUAAUAUAAGACAUGACUUCAGAAAAGACUUAUUUUCAAGAGAAUUGGUUACAACAAGAUAUUUAUAAAGAUUGGUUAGUUCCCAACGCACAUGCAAAAACUAAAGCUCAUUGCAAAAAAUGUAAAAAAUCAUUUGAAUUGUCCAAUAUGGGUAUUCAGGCUGUUAAAAGUCAUGCAGCAGGUAAGAAGCAUCAGUCUGCUACAAAGCCUGUUAGUUGUUUCUUUAUUAAUGGAAAAGAGUUGCAUGCUGAACCACUUGGAAGUGAAGAAAAAAUAUCUACAUUUUCACCAAAAAACAAGCAACUAUUGUCUCUUUAAUUAAAU